AUGUACGGGGUUCGAGAUCGAGUGUGUGCUAGUGGACUGAGGAUCUUCAGACGUCAACUCUUCAAGAAGCUCAAUCCUAAAAGUAUCAUUGAGAAAGAUGAUCUGGUUCAUCACGAAUAUUCCAUUCGACCGGAUACAUUUGCAUUCAAGGUGUCUGAAGACAGAACCAGAGGGUUUGGUAAAAGACGGAAAGACGGAGAUAACAACAAAGACAUAGACUCUGGAAAAGCACAUCCAUUUCAGAAGGUUGAUAAUACUAGUAGUAUUAGCACUACUGAUAGCAUAUCAUCCACUAGUUUUAACCCUAUUCAAUUUAUAUACCAGAACUCAACCAAUUAUCCAUUUGAUGUCAAAUCUCCUCAACAAGUGUAUAACGAGUAUCCUUUGACUACAUCGGCAAAGCUAUCCAGACUGAAAUCUAGACCUAAGCGGGUUAAGAUGAGUAGUGUUGAUUUUAUUGAAGAUUCAUUGUAUAAUCCCCACUAUGGGUAUUUCUCCAAAGAAGUCGAGAUCUUCCACCCCGAUAAACCCUUCAAUUACAAUAAUAUUGAGGAUGUGGAUGAGUUUAUGGAAUCUUGGGAACAAGCUUAUACAAAAUAUGACAUGUAUCAGAAUACGACUCGUCAAGAUCAGAAUCAGAAUCAGAUUCAUGAUUUAAUGUUACCCACCGAGAACAAGUCGACCACCACCACGGCCUCAAAAUACGCUUCAAUGGCUAAAUCGGUAUACAAACAAGACAUUGAAGCAGCCCAAUCGCAUACCAAGUCCAAAAGAUCCUUACAAUUAUGGCACACCCCAACGGAAUUGUUCCAACCCCAUUAUGGUGAAGCCUUAGCCAGAUACAUCAUAGUCAACUACAAGUUAAAUGGGAGUUACCCGUACCAUGAUCUUGUGAUCUAUGAGAUGGGUGGUGGGAAUGGUACUAUGAUGUGCGACAUUUUGAAGUAUAUCAAACAGAAUGAGCCCGAGAUUUAUUCCAGAACGACAUACAAGAUCAUUGAGAUCUCCAGUCAAUUGGCCCAUAAACAAUUAAGCUCGGCCCUAAGAAACAGAUUGACCAAUCAAGGGUUAGAUACGUCGAAAUUGGAGAUCAUUAAUCAAUCUAUUUUCACAUGGAAUCAGGUGGUGGAUUCUCCAUGUUUCUUCAUAGCAUUAGAAGUGUUUGAUAACUUUGCCCACGAUUUGAUUCGCUAUGAUAAUGAGACAGGGGUCCCUUAUGAAGGGAGAGUACUUAUUGAUGAUAAGGGCGAUUUCUAUGAAUUCUUUAGUCCCCAAUUAUCGCAAUACUCUCUGGCCUUCCUCAAUUUAAGAGAAAAUGGUUCGUUCCCCAUCUUGAAGAAGUUGAAUAAUUUCAAUUCAAAAUGGAACCUGACGAAAACUUGUUUUCCCUUUUUCAAUAAGGAUCUUAUUCACCCCUUGGAACAUUCUACCACCAAAUUAAAAUGGGUAAAUCGCAUGUUACCUUUCAAAGAUAACUUAACUCCGGGGGAAUUCAUCCCCACUAGAUUGCUACAGUUCUUUCAUAUCUUACAGCAUAAGUUUCCCCAGCAUUCAUUGAUCUCCAGCGAUUUCAAUUACUUGCCGAAAGCCAUUCCUGGCUACUACAAUGGCCCUGUGGUUCAGACCGUCCUUCAAGACCGCAUGGUGGACGUUUCCACUUAUAUGUGCUACCAGGGCUAUUUCGAUAUCAUGUUUGCAACUGAUUUCAACUUGGCUCUGGAUUUGUAUAAGCAGGUUGUCGGAAAAGUUGCCAGAGUCGAAUCUCAUAAAGAGUUCUUGGAGCAAUGGGCAGAUAUCGAUGCCACAACCACAAGGAAAGGUGAUAAUCCAAUGUUGGAUUUCUAUACCAAUGUAAGCUUUAUGGUCAGUUGA